AUGGGAUUGUUAUAUAAAAGUUCCAAACUCUUGAACAUAAUUCUGGAUUCCCUGGAAGAUCAAGAGGGUGGAGCUAUGUACAUAUCGUGCGAUGUCUCAAACGGAGGUCCUGUGGAACCAGAAACGGGCUAUGUGCCCAAUAAUCCAUUAUUCGGCCUGGCGUUGGACAGUCCGCAGCAAGAGUGUGCUGCAUCCUGCGUCGGCUGUUUAUCCUGCCAAGGCAACACCGCCCUGCCCAUCUCAUCUCUCACCAGCAGCGACUUUGACUGCGGCGGCUGCUUCGAUCCGACGAUUGGAGUACUGGGUAACCAGAUCAAUACCACACCGCCCAAUAGUAAUCUAUCAGGUGCUGGGAGUGGCACCAAUAACGGUUCCUCUCUCGUUGGUAACGGUAGCUACUGGAGCACUGACGAGAUGGCCUCCACAUUUCCGGGUCUACCGCCGCUGGACAUUGAUCCGCUUCCUAGUCUGUUUCCCUUCUCGCCCUGCGGUGCAUCCUACAACUUUGCCAGCAAUCCACACCAGACCUCUCUCUCCUACACCGUGCAUCCGCAUCAGAUGCUCCUCUCCCCGAACGGAGGCCAGCAGCAGCAUCAUUCACAGUCAUCCGUUCACCCGCAUCAGCUACAGUCCCAACACAUGCAGCAGGCACUGACCCAGGCAUCGCACGGUGGUAACGCGCUCCACAAUCCCAACCACAACAGCACCAGUACCAAUGGUCUCGGAGCCAGUGGCUCCGGUGCAGGCAGCGCCUGUUACUACGAGGCAGCCGCCAAUGCAGCCUCCGGACCGCCAAUGUAUCCCAGUAUGAGUGUUAACGUGAGCAUGAACAUGACCAUGCAUCAUGGCUAUGGUGCCGACGGGAGCGCAGUUCCCAUGCAAUGCUCUCAGAUGAAUUGGACGCCGCCCAACAGCUCCUCGGCGGCGGUUAAUGUACUCUAUCCGCCGCUUCUCAGUCCAACGCACUAUCCCGCCUCGGCCACCUACUCCUUCACAGCGGAUUUUCGCGCUCCGGCGCCAACGGCACUGAGUGCGCUACCUUCGCUGGCGGACAAGGAGUCACCAUCGCCGCCUGUCUCGAGCACAGCAGCUGCUCUCGGAUAUUAUGCGUCAGGUGCUGGCCAGAGCUAUACACCGCCACACAAGAGUCCAGGCUAUCAGGCCACGGCGCUGAGUCUUGGACUGGCUGCCUUCGAGGAUGAGGAGGACAGCAUCGAUGAUGGCGAUGGAGAUGGGGACGGAGAUGGCGACGGCGAGGGCAGUGCCGGUGGCGAUAUGAAGCCGAAUUUGUGCAGGCUGUGCGGCAAGACCUAUGCUCGACCCAGCACCUUGAAGACGCACCUACGCACCCAUUCCGGGGAGCGGCCAUAUCGCUGUCCGGACUGCAACAAAAGCUUCUCGCAGGCCGCCAAUCUGACGGCUCACGUACGCACACAUACGGGACAGAAGCCGUUUCGGUGUCCCAUUUGUGAUAGACGCUUCUCGCAAAGUUCCAGCGUCACCACGCACAUGCGAACCCAUUCCGGUGAGCGGCCCUAUCGCUGCUCCUCCUGCAAGAAGUCCUUCUCCGACAGCUCCACACUGACCAAGCAUCUGCGCAUCCACAGCGGUGAGAAGCCUUAUCAAUGCAAGUUGUGCUUGCUCAGAUUCUCGCAAUCGGGCAACCUGAAUCGGCACAUGCGCGUUCACGGCAACAAUGCCAAUCCCAAUGGCAAUGGCAAUGGCAGUGGGAAUGGCAGCAAUGGAGGCAGCGGCAUUGGCGGGGUUGGUAGCAGUCUCAUUACAUGACAAAAGCCGCGUAGUGCAGGCGGUUUUCAACAUUAUCACCCCCCGCAUCC